AAAAGGAGGUUAUUUCCGAUCACAAUCUGACAGGAAAACUUACCAACUCAGACUUGGAGCUGGAAGGCACCGUCCUCCAUCAUUUUGUUCUUGGGAAGACCGCCCAGGUGGAAGGCGAAACCACUUACACUGGCUGUGAUAACACACCAGCAGUGUCAUGGCGCACAAAAGGAUCGUCCACCUCUCGAAAGGCAAAAGCAAGAAUAUUACGGUUAGCGGCAGGAUUACAGCGGGAACAAAGAGCACAUCAUCGUAUUGGGCACUUAUCUGGAACGAACAAUCGAAUGGCCGACGAUGCUAGCCGACUGUGGCACUUGUCUGACGCCAAAUUCAUCUCAUAUUUUAAUCGCACGUAUCCACAGAUCAACUCUUGGCAACUGUACAGGAUGCCAAACGCCGUGAACUCCUUGAUGACAUCCGUGCUGUUGAACUCGGAAUCGAACGCAGAGUCUGUCCUUCAAGAGUUGCAAAGGCACACUCUGUCUGGACCACAUGGGUUGCCUUCUGCGACAGCCUCACCCUUGGUCAGCGGUCGACGAUCCCUUGCUCAUCAUCCUCCUCUUUGGAACCCAAUGGCGAUGUGGAAAAAUUGCCCCCAGAACAAUAGACUUUCGUUGGACACGGCUGCUGAAAAGUUGGAAGAAAGAGGAUCCAGCAGCACAAUGAGUACGCCCAUUGCCAAAGUCCUUGUUAAGGCAAGCAUCGAAGCUUGCCAAAAAACCCACAAGUACACACACCGCAACGGCAAUGAAUCGAUUGAUGUGGUUGGGGUUUUUCUUUUUGUUACGUCCUGGCAAAUUUCUGUCAAAAUUGGGCAAGCAAUUUCCUUUCAAGUCGAAACAAGUGUUUUUUUGUAUCAACGAUGCAGAAUUUCCUGGCGACGUCAUUCCCCUUCGCCUCCUGGACAGUCACUUGUGACAUUCGCCGGUCUGAUAUUUGACAAACAAAAAAAUGCGGUGCCAGACGAAAAGAUCGGUUUGGGCACGUCAUUAAAUGGUGACAAUCCAACAGCUACGCUGAUUGCCAUUGUCCGACACCUUCGACAGAGUUGA